AUGGAGUACCGUGUGCGCAAGCGAGACGUGAGCGGCGCCGGCCGCCUGCCGCGUACGCUGGAGGAGGCGCUGCCGGACGCUGCUGUGCGAAGAUUCCUGCUGCGCGCGGGCUUCCGCUCCAGUUCGGACCGCGCCGCUGCCGAGGUGCGGCGCCACGUGAGCGACUUCUUCCGCCGCAUCGUGGGCUGCAUGGUGGUCAUGAUGCAGCACGACGGGCGCCGCAGCUUCCGCCUCGUGGACGUCAAGCGCGCCUGCGAGCACUUCGGCAUCCGCAUGUACGGCUAUGACGACAUGUGUCUGCUGGCGGCGGGCAGGGCGAGCGGACCCGAGGCCUUCCACGUGACGGAGCUGGUGGAGUGCAACUCGUUUUACAGCCGAUCGGUGGACACGCCUGAGGAGCCCGACACGGAGCCCGGCGCGCGCUACAAGAAGACGGACUUUGUGGCAAAUUACACGUCGUGGAGGGACGAGAUGGGCGACGCUGGCGACGAUAUGAGCGACUCGAGCGAGUGGGCGUUCUCGGACAGUGAUUCAAACUCGGAAGGAGGACACGACAUGGACAUGGAGACGUCGCAGCCUUGGCAGCCCGAUGAGGAAAAGUUCCUGGGCUCGCUACGCGACGCGCAAGAGCUUGUGGACGAGAAGCUGCUGCAGCAGCCGGAGGAUGAGGAGACCGACGAGAACCAACCGGGUCAGGGGUACUACUCGGACUACGACGACGGCUACGAGCCUGAGUAUACGGAGAAACAGCUUGAGCAGGAGGAAGAUGAAGAUGCCAAGUGGAACAAGGAUGGCCACCUUCACGUUCUCGAGAGCGACGAGGACAGCGACCCUACCGAGUUGCAGGAAUUCAGUGGCAGCCCCAACCUGUACGUCAUCUCGCGUCAGGAAUUCUUGCGCCUCUUCCGCGCGCUGCUCAACAUUUCGUUGAGAAUGGGUGAGCUGCAGAUCAGCUCGGUGGCUCUCAGUGCUCUCCACAACGCCACGGAGCAGUGCUUGCACCGUUCGCUCACUGAAGGUUCGCUUCACUACCAGCUCGCAGCUAUCCUGAAGGAGCAGGAGCAGGCGAACUCGAGGAUUCAGCUGGAAUCGGAGCUUCAAAUGCAGCGCGAGAAGGUAAAUGAGUUGUGUGAGACCAUUGCUGCUAACAAGGCCGCCUUCAAGGCUAAGGAGCUAUCGAUGCAGCGACAGAUCGAGCAGCUCAAGAAGCAGCUACAAGGCCAGCACGGUGUGCAGAUGGAGACGUCGCCAAGCCUGAAGAAGAAGUCGUCUGGGAAGCGGAAAGCCACAAGUAAGAGCACUCACAGCGUGCGGAAGGGGCUGUCCAAAUCCUCAAAUGGUUCUACUUCCGUAGUAGGUGCGCUGCGCUCUCGUGGACUCAACAACUCGGGCUCCAAGAAGUUGAAGGUCACUCUGAUGUGA